AUGUCGGAAAUUCAGACCCGGAUUACUACUAGAAGACGUCGCUCUUCAGUCGGCAUAGUUCGCGCUAUUGGCUCUCCUUUACGGACAACUAUGCCUCCCUUGCCUUGGGACGAGCCAACCCCCUCUUCACGCCCACCAACUUUACUGAACAAGUUCAUCGACGCCUACAAAGAACUUGAUGCUUACCGCUCCGGCAAACCGGUUCUUCUCGACGGACAAACGCUCUCCAUAGCAGCGGUAACCGCCGUUUCGCGUUACAGUGCGAAUGUGGAGCUUGAUGGGUCUCCGAUUGUCAAAGCGCGCGUCAACAAUAGCCGUGCAGUCAUCGAGAAGAAAGUCGCCGAGAAAUCGAGUAUCUAUGGUGUUUCGACUGGUUUUGGUGGCUCUGCAGACACCCGCACGGAUGACCCACUCCUACUCGGAAAUGCCUUGCUUCAGCUACUCCAAGCUGGUGUUCUUCCCAGCUCCACGAGCGUACCAGACGCACUUCCCCUCCUUGACCCAAUGGGCACCGUCAUGAGCGAGUCAUGGGUUCGUGCUGCUAUCGUUGUUCGGAUGAACUCGCUUAUUCGGGGCCAUUCUGGCGUACGGUGGGAACUUUUGGAACGGAUGAACUCGCUAUUAAAGUCCAACAUCACUCCCCUCGUUCCUCUGCGCGGCAGUAUCUCUGCGUCAGGUGACCUCCAACCACUUUCUUAUAUCGCUGGUACCCUAAUGGGGAGUCCCGCGAUUCGUGUUUUCGAUGGCCCCGCGGCUUUUGGUCGACGUCAGAUCGUGUCUUCGAAAGAUGCGUUAGCUGCUCAUGGAAUUGAGCCUCUUCCUCUAGCCUCGAAAGAACAUCUCGGUCUGCUUAAUGGAACAGCCUUUAGUGCUGCCGUCGCCUCUCUGGCACUCACUGACGCGGUCCACCUCGCACUGCUGGCUCAAGUUUGUACCGCGAUGGGCACAGAGGCGCUCGCGGGAAGCCGAGGGUCGUUUGAUCCGUUCAUUCAUGAUGUCGCUCGACCUCACCCUGGUCAGAUUGAAUCCGCCAAGAUAGUAUGGGAUUUGCUGGAAGGCAGCAAGUUCGCCAUUACGUCUGAGCAAGAAGUUACCAUCGAGGAAGACGAAGGUGUCCUUCGACAGGACCGAUACCCGCUUCGAACUGCUCCUCAAUGGAUUGGCCCUCAAAUCCAAGACCUAAUUUCUUCACUUGAAACUAUCACUCUGGAGUGCAAUUCUACGACGGAUAACCCGUUGAUUGAUGCUAGCACUGGCAAAAUUCACAAUGGCGGGAACUUCCAAGCGAUGGCGGUAACAAAUGCAAUGGAGAAAACCCGCCUCGGAUUGCACCAUCUGGGAAAGCUACUGUUCGCUCAACUCACGGAACUUCUCAACCCGACCAUGAAUCGUGGAUUGCCUCCCAGUCUUGCUGCCACUGACCCGUCAUUAAACUACCACGCCAAAGGCAUUGACAUCGCCACUGCCUCCUACGUUGCUGAACUUGGAUAUCGCGCAGCGCCGGUGUCAACCCACGUCCAAUCAGCAGAGAUGCACAACCAAGCUGUCAACUCGCUUGCAUUGAUCUCCGCUCGUGCUACAAUCGACUCCCUUGAGAUGCUGUCCCUUCUGACUGCCUCUUACCUUUAUGUUCUGUGCCAAGCCCUUGACCUUCGCGCGAUGCAAACUGAACUGGUCGCCGGGCUUGACAAAAUUGUCGAGCGAGAACUGACGCGCCUAUUCUCCAUCGAAUUCUCUCCAAAAGAGCUGUCGACACUUAUCAGCGCUGUUCGGGCUGCCCUUCACAAGGCUUUGGAUGAGACAAGCACAAUGGAUGCGCAUCCCCGAAUGAUCAAAGUUGCAGCAGCCAGCACGACCGUGCUUGUCGACGCAUUCACAGCCUGGAACAAGCACUGUGCUCUUGUGGCUAUCCCUGCUUUCCGAGAAGCCGUUUCUACUCAGGCAGAGCAGCUUCUCGAUGGCUUGCGCCGAUCUUAUCUUCUGGGCGAGCGCGGCGCGGCACCUGCUAGCCAAUACCUCAACAAGACACGGCCGGUUUACGAGUUCGUCCGUGUCAAACUCGGCAUCAAGAUGCACGGGUCAGAAAACUACGGCGGGUGGGUCAACGGUCUUGGUGUCGAUGAGGACACGACCGGGGGCCACGUUUCACUUAUUCACGAAGCUAUUCGCGACGGAAAACUGCAGCCCAUAAUUGUGGGCCUCUUUGCUUAA